AGUAACAGGGGAACCACUUGACCCGUAACAGCGCCGACUCCUGUAACCCUCCCAAACUCUGACCGAUCCGUGCUAAACCUUACUUUUAUUCACCGAUAAAUAACCACUUACUUCACCUGGAAGGACGGACGAUGGAGGUCGACUCAGUGUUCUACACUGAUCGCAGCGGACGGAUCACCAGCAACCCCCUGCUGGACCAGCUGCCCAGCUACCAGUCCCUCCUGUACCGCAGGAAGUCCUCCGCCGGCGGCGCCAAGCGACGGAGCAGCACGAGGUCCAGGCUGGGCUCCUCCGGCAGCGGGAAAUGGACUGUGAACACUUUGAACAGACACAACGAGAAACUCAGGAGUCAGACUGAGGAGCGGCCCAUCAGAGAGCUUCCCAUGCCCAUGGCGGAGAAACGCAGCAAUAAAGUACAGCGCCUGGAGGAGGCUGGAAAGUUAAGUAGCUUCAGUCAGUGGAAGGAAAACACCGGCAGGUAUCUGCGCAGGCUGAGAGAUGAUGGCGAGGAGUGGCUGAGCUCCCUGAAGCUGUGGAGGGGAGACAUCCACCUAAUAGAGGGGAUGUUCGGCACGGGGAUCCUGUCCUACUUCUCCUUCCUGCGGUUCCUCGUCAUGCUCAACCUGAUCAUCUUUCUGCUCAUGUUCAGCUUCGUCAUGCUGCCCAUCAUCAUCGCCCCUCCCGCUUCGGGAAACAUCACCUACGAGCACAAUGAUGCCAGUGAAUGCAGCAAGUAUCCCAGCAGCGCUCGCAGAGGUCUGGUCAUCUUUCACGAGCACAUCACCGACCUGCUGUCCGGUGGGGGCUUCCUGGAGCAGACCUACCUGUUCUACGGACAUUACAAGGCGGACAAAAUCCACUUCCCUAAAGCCACGUACAAUCUGGCUCUGGCGUACCUGCUCACCACUGUGGCGUACCUCUUCCUCAGCCUGAUCUGGAUCGUUAAAAGGUCUGCGAGAGGAUUCAAGCGUAACCUGGUGCAGGAUGAGGAUCGCUUCCAGAGCUUCUGCAACAAGAUCUUCGCCGGCUGGGAUUUCUGCAUCACCAACGAAAACGCAGCAAGGCUGAAGCGAAGCAGUCUGCUCUAUGAGCUCAAGACCGAUUUGGAGGAGGAAAGGAUCAAGCAGAAAAUCGCCGAUCGCACUCGCAAAGAGAAGUGUCGGAUUUACCUCAUCCGCCUCAUCCUGAACAUCUUCGUCAUCGGCGUGCUGGCCGCCUGCUUCUACAGUAUUUACAUGGCCACCAUCUUCUCCCAGCAGGCACAGCUGAAUGUCAACGCGAAUUUCAUCGUGGCUCUCAUUUAUGAAUAUUUGCCGUCGAUCGUCAUCACCUUGGCCAACUUCAUCACUCCGCUGCUGUUCUCCGUUAUCAUCAACUACGAGGACUACUCCCCGGCCUUUGAGAUCCGGUUCACUCUCAUGAGGUGUGUGUUCAUGCGGCUGACCAGUAUCGGCGUGUUGCUCUUCUCUCUCUGGUCUCAGAUCACCCACUGUGAACAGGAACCCUGUGUGUGUGGCUACAACCAUUUACUUUACUCUUGCUGGGAAACCCGGGUGGGCCAGGAGAUGUACAAGCUCACAGUGUUCGACUUCAUCAUCAUCGUCGCCGUCACCAUCUUUGUGGAGUUUCCCCGAAAGCUGAUCGUGCGGCACUGCGAGUGCGGCCUGGCCAAGUGGUGGGGCCAGCAGGAGUUCGCCAUCCCUCAGAACGUUCUGGAGAUCGUCUACGGCCAGACCAUCUGCUGGAUCGGCACUUUCUACUGCCCGAUGCUGCCGGCCAUCUGCACCAUCAAGUACUUCUUCAUCUUCUACAUCAAGAAGGUGUCGUUAAUAAACAACUGCCGCCCGGCCACGCGUCCCUUCCGAGCAUCCAGCUCCAACUUCUUCUUCCUGGGCGUGCUGCUGAUCGGCCUGGCUCUCGCCUGCCUGCCGGUGACCGUCAGCAUUGCACAGAUCAACUGCUCCCAGGCCUGCGGGCCGUUUGUGGGGUACCACACGUCCUGGGAGGUGCUGCCGGCCGCCGUGUCUCAGCUGCCCGGCGGCAUCAGGAGCCUGCUGGAGGCGCUCUCGUCGGAGGCUUUCGCCGUGUCCUUCUUCGUCGUCACAUGUUUAGCCAUGUUCUAUGUGAUCGCGCUGGCUGGAGCACAUAAAAAAGUCAUCGAUCAGCUCAGAGAGCAGCUCGUCCUGGAGGGUCGUGACAAGCGCUUCCUGAUCCAGAAGCUGUGCCAGGCUCAGAGUCUGUCCGGGGUCCGGUCUCCGGGGGCUCAGUCCCAGCCACGCAGGACCAGCAGCAGGAGCAGCCCCAGCUACCACACCAGCUUCUCCAACAACUUCAACGAGGGCCUGUUCCUGGCACACUCGCCUCCGGACUCCUCCACACACAGGGCGCUGUGCAGCCUUCUGGGCCUCAACCGGAAGCAGCGUGCGGCUGAGCCCAGUCGGUCCAAAAUGCUGAGAAUCACCAUUCGAGCGGACCCCGGAGCCUUUUGGCUUCUAUUCUGUCUCAUCUACUCCCAACUCCUGGCUGCGUCCUCCGAGGACAUCGUGGUGGCGUGCGGCGGAUUCGUGAAAUCCGACGUUGAAAUUAAUUACUCUCUGAUCGAGAUCAAACUGUACACCAAACAAGGCUCAUUAAAAUACCAAACAGACUGUGCUCCGAUCAAUGGAUACUUCAUGAUCCCUCUUUAUGACAAGGGAGACUUUGUUCUGAAGAUUGAGCCUCCACUCGGGUGGAGUUUUGAGCCGACCAGCGUUGACCUCCAUGUCGAUGGAGUCACUGACAUCUGUACCAAAGAGGAGGACAUCAACUUUGUUUUUACGGGGUUCUCGGUCUCGGGAUCAGUUCUGAGUAAGGGCCAUCUCCUGGGUCCAGCAGGCGUAGAAAUCCACCUGAGCCGGACGGGAUCGGAGGAGAAACUCCAGAGCGUCGUCACUCAGCCCGGAGGAAAAUACACCUUCUCCAAAGUGCUGCCUGGGAGCUACGUCAUCACAGCUUCCCAUCCCUCCUGGACUUUGGAGCAGAGCGCCACCUCCGUGCACGUCUCCACCGCCAACGCCCCGGCCGCCGACCAGCUGGUGGUUGGAGGUUACGACGUCUCGGGGGAGGUCCGCAGUGAUGGAGAGCCCAUGAAGGAGGUCACCUUCCUACUGUACUCGCCCGGCGUCAGGAGAGAGGACAUCAGCGGCUGCAACAUGUCGCCGGUGGAAGGAGCGGAUUCUGGGGACAGCUCCCUGAUCUAUCUGUGCAGCGCCCUGUCCAGAGAGGACGGCAGCUUCAUCUUCCCCUCGCUGGCCAGCGGCGAGUACACCGUGGUGCCUUUCUACAGAGGGGAGAGGAUCACUUUUGAUGUCGCUCCUUCCAGAAUGAAUUUCAAGGUGGAACACAACAGCCUCAUCCUGGAGCCUAUCUUCCGUGUGAUGGGCUUUUCUGUGACGGGCCGAGUUCUGAACAGCGCCGGCGGCGAGGGCGUGCCCGACGCCACCGUCUCCCUCAACAACCAGAUCAAAGUUGUCAGCAGAGAGGACGGGUCGUUCCGGCUGGAGAACAUGACGGCCGGUACCUACACCAUCCGCGUCAACAAGGAGCUCAUGCUGUUUGAGCCCAUCACGGUGAAGAUCGCGCCCAACACGCCGCAGCUGCCGGACAUCGUCACCGCAGGGUUCAGCGUGUGCGGCCAGAUCUCCGUCAGCCGCCUGCCCGAAGGCAUGAAGCAGCAAGGUCGCUACAAGGUCACCCUGACGCCCCAGGACCAGGAGAGGGCCUCCGGUCGGACCGUGGAGUCGGACCCCCAGGGGGCUUUCUGCUUCCAGGCCAAACCCGGAGACUACAGCGUCCAGGUUUCUCUCCCCGAGGCCGAGGUCAAAGCCGGCCUGGCUCUGCAGCCUCCGGCGCUGGAGGUCUCCCUGGUGGACCGGCCCCUCACAGACCUGCUCUUCACCCAGUUCAUGGCUUCGGUUUCCGGAAAGGUCUAUUGUCUCGCCUCCUGCGACGACCUCUCCGUGACCCUGCAGCCGGUCAGCCGGCAGGGAGAGAGGAAGACGGUGGCUCUGUCGGGCAGCAGCGACGUCCUCAGCUUCUCCUUCGACGACGUUCUGCCAGGAAAAUAUAAAGUGGGCAUCUCUCACGAGGAGUGGUGCUGGAAGCACAAGUCCAUGGAGGUGGAGGUGCUGGACUCGGACGUCUCGGGCGUGGAGUUCAGGCAGAUCGGCUACAUCCUGCGCUGCUCGCUGUCUCACGCCAUCACCCUGGAAUUCUUCCAAGAUGGCAGCAAACCCGAGAACGUCGGCGUGUACAACCUCUCCAAGGGAGUCAACCGCUUCUGCCUCUCCAAGCCUGGUAUUUACAAAGUCACCCCUCGCUCCUGCCACCAGUUCGAGCAAGACUUCUACACCUACGACACAUCUGCCCCCAGCAUCCUGACCCUCACCGCGGUCCGGCACCACAUGACGGGACUCAUCACCACCGACAAGAUCCUGGACGUCACCGUCACCAUCAAGUCGUCCAUCGAGAGCGAGCCGGCGCUGGUGCUGGGGCCGCUCCGCAGCCUGGAGGAGCAGCGGCAGGAGCAGCAGCUGCAGGAGAUCCAGGCGCGGCGCCUGGAGCGGGAGCGCCGCGCGGCGGAGGAGGAAGGCGCCGCCAAAGAAGACAGCCCGCCCAUCCAGGAGAAGGCCGACGAGCUGACCGGGCCCUUCCACUACGAGUUCUCCUACUGGGCGCGGGCUGGCGAGAAGAUCACAGUGACGCCGUCCUCCAAGGAGCUGCUGUUCUACCCUCCUGAAGUGGAGGCCACCAUCACCGGAGAGUCGUGUCCGGGUCGACUGGUGGACAUUGCGGGACGGGCGGGGCUCUUCCUGGAGGGCCAGGUGUCUCCGGAGCUGCAGGGCGUGGAGAUCUCCAUCAGCGAGAGAGGAGCCGCCGCGCCGCUCAUCACUGUGGCCACCAACGAGAUGGGAGCCUACAGCGUGGGGCCGCUGCACAGCGACCGGCAGUACGACAUCAGCGCCAGCAAGGAGGGCUUCGUCCUCAGCCCGGUGGAGGGAACCCGGGGAGACUUCAAGGCCUUCGCUCUGGCCGGCGUCACCUUCAAGAUCAAAUCGGAGGACGGCCUGCCUCUGUCGGGCGUCCUGCUGUCUCUGAGCGGGGGACAGUUCCGUUCCAACCUCCUGACGCAGGACUCCGGACUCCUCACCUUCAGCAACCUGAGUCCGGGUCAGUACUACUUCAAGCCCAUGAUGAAGGAGUUCCGCUUCGAGCCGGCCUCCCAGAUGAUCACGGUGGAGGAGGGUCAGAACCUCAGCAUCGACAUCACCGGCAUUAAGACGGCGUACAGCUGCUACGGGGCGGUCCAGUCUCUGAGCGGCGACGCGGAGCGGGACGUGGCCGUGGAGGCGGUGGGUCAGGGAGACUGCAGCCUCUACAGCGAGGACACCGUCACCGACGAGGAGGGCCGCUUCCGGCUGAGGGGGCUGCUGCCGGGCUGCAAGUAUCUGAUUCAGCUGCGAGCAGAAGGGAACGACCACAUCGAGCGGGCGCUGCCGCAGCACAGAGCUGUCGAGGUCGGCAGCAGCGACAUUGAAGGGGUCAACAUCAUCGCCUUCAGGCAGAUCAAUCAGUUCGACCUCAGUGGAAACAUCAUCACGUCCCCCGAGCAUCUCCCCACGCUGUCGGUGAAGCUCUACCGGAGCGACAACCUGGACAAUCCCAUCAACAGCGUCUCGCUGGGACAGUCGCUGUUCUUCCACUUCCCUCCUCUGGACAGAGACGGAGAGAGCUACGUGCUGAUGCUGUACUCCACGCUGUCGCGCUCGCAGUACGACUUCACCCUGCCCCAGGUCACCUUCACCUCCAGCGGAUACCACAAGCACGUCACGCUGCCCUUCAACCCCGCCCGUAAAGUGCCUGACCAGGACGUGGCUCAGGGCUCCUACAUCGCCCUGCCGCUCACACUGCUCCUCCUGCUGGCUGCGUACAACCACGAGAAGGUGAUCCCCCUCCUGCUACAGCUGGCCAACCGCAUCCAGGGCGUGAGGAGCAUGGCGCAGGCCGGCAGCGACGCCGCCGCUCUGGACGACGCCAAGCGUCAGCCCAAGAGACAGAAGGCCCGGCGCACAUGAGCCGCCGCGCUCGACACAUCUCCCCGUGCGACUCUGACAUGACGCCCCACACAGAACCACUUCACACGCCGCCGCCGCCGCCACCGCCGCAGCAGCCAAUCAGCUGCCCAGGACUCCCUUUCUUUCCCUGAAGUCUUCGUCUAGGAAAAUUGUAGAUACUCGUAAUAGGACACCGUGCAUUUUUAUACCUUCGUAAUUUGUUGAGGCCAGAUGGACUGUUUUUGGCGAAAGUCUUAACGCUGCGCGCGACUCGCCGUGCCUGCCUGUCCGCGCACGGCGAACAUGUUGGAACCAAACCAACCUGCAUCGAUGCCAUUUGAGGGAAGCGCUGACGAGCCGAGAGCGGCCGCGAGGUCGCCGUCAGCCGCGUCCCGUCACUUCAUCCCCGCACGGUUACCGAAAUGCACUCCACCCCGCACAGCGCUUCAGGAGACGUGAGAUGGACGUCACGCCAGGGUCUCCGUCAGCUCAGGACAGUGGUGGCGAGUGGGAUGCUGGGAAUCUGGGCCUAAACUCUGCGGGAGGGUUUUUUUUGUUGUUUUCUGUGAGGUUUCUUUGGAGUUACAGGGCUAAUGAAUAGAUGAUUAAUUUAUUAACAAAUGUGGAAUCAAAUGUGAAUGAAGACCUAGUUAAUAAGCUAGGAAAACCUCAGUGUGUGGUCGAUUUUCUUUUUCUUUUUUUGUAUUGUCAGAUUGUGCGACAAGUUGUUUUAAAAAUAAAAAGAUUUCC